UCCUUCCCUCUUCUCCCCCUGGCCUCCAGCUCCCUCCUCCCCCUCCCUCCCUGCGCCGCCGCCGCCGGCCGGCCGAGGACUGGGCUCCGGGGUCUGGUAGGAAGCGCUGGGAGCGGGGGCGCUUUGAAAACGCUGAUCUGGGUGUUCUUAAAACCUCCUUUGAAAAAAUGAUGGCCAACUCGACGGAGAAGGUGCCUCCGGACGAGCGGAGAAAGGGACUCGCUUUCCUGGGCGAGCUGCGGAAGUCCCAGCACAGCAGAGGGCGAGAGCGGAACCGGGCAGCGGCGGGCGAGCUGGGCGAACGGGCCGGGCGCGGGGCCCGGCUGACAAGCGCGGGGCUUUCUCUCUCCCGCAGGUCGCCUUUUAAAAAAAUCCCUGCGGUGGCUGGGAAGGAGCCGGGUCUUCACGGUCUCUACAACAGAGUCACUACUUUGGGCGGAUUCGCGAAGGAAAUCCUUAAAGAUUUCUCAGAAAGUGACUUCCCCAACAUAAAGACUGAAUUUCAACAAGUUUUAAGUAAUAGGAAAGAAAUGACGCAGUUUUUGGAAGAGUGAUUGAAUGCUCAUUGUGAAAAGCUUAAAAAUGGCAUCCAGAAAGAAAAUGAUAGAAUUUGUCAAGUGAAUUACUUCUUUAACAACAAAAUAAUU